AUGGACUUGGGCUUGGGUCGGGUUCAGGCGCUUCUUCGUCGCGUCGGAUCACCUCAUGUGCGCUUCCCUGUCAUUCAUGUAGCGGGCACUAAUGGUAAGGGCAGUACUACUGCUUACCUUGACGCGUUCCUUACACAUGCUGUAGGAAUACGAUCAGCUCGAUUUAAUUCGCCUCACCUCAUCACCGCCCGUGACAGUGUGCGAAUCAACGGUGGUGAGCCGAUUGAUGAUUUGACAUGGAACAUGGCAGUGCGGCAGACAUGCCUCGCCGAUGCGCGAGAUGUGCCUAUUGGUGCAACCCCAUUUGAGCUAUUAACCGUCCAAGCACUCCUUGCAUUUACAUUGCUCCCCAAAUCGCAGCAGCCUGACGUGCUGUUGAUGGAAGUCGGUGUGGGUGGCCGGCUCGAUGCAACGAAUGUCUUUCCUGACGACCAUGUCCUGGCCAGUGUCAUAUGUCCUGUGGCGCGUGAUCACGAAACUAUUCUGGGAAACUCUUUGUCAGAUAUAGCUCGCGAAAAGGCCGGCAUCAUCAAACCACAUGGCCUAUGCGUGAUCGCUGAUCAAGCUCCUGUGUCUUACUGUGAUGAUACCCAAGACUCAUCGUUUGAUUCUAUGCCCGCAGAUUUAGCGUCAAGUGACAUAUUGCGUGUACUCCAUAAAAUGUGCUGCAUGAAACAGGCGCGUGUUGUUUAUUCUCGUGUCGCGAGCUCGUCUAUAUCAUCGUCUCGCCAAACAGAGCCGCACGUAUUUGAGGCACCGAUUGAGCUGCAUGUUCCAUUGUAUGGUGCCCACGAUGCUUGCCUCAGUGAAGAUUUCUAUGCUCAUCGCGAGCCCGAGGCCCAUGUUUCGGUUCCUUUAGAAGCCACCGUCGCUCGCAUAUCUGGUGCGUCAACGGCGCUUCAGACCCUUUGGAGUGUGGCACAUGACACGCCGUCUGGUCAAACGAUAGUUUCUGAUGCAUGGCAUCAGCUUCGAGCGCAAAUUCGCACGCAUCUCUUUGAAUCGCAUCCGGAUGUUUCCAAAAUGGCCAUUGCAUGUGCAGCUCGGCAGUAUCGUUGGGAAGGGCGUUGUGAGUGGAAGUCCUUGCUUGAUUCUUCAGGUACGAGUAUUCCAGUCCUUCUUGAUGGCGCACACAACCAAGCGUCUGCUCUAGCAUUAAGACAAUACAUUGAUCUUUGCAUAGCGAACAGUAACAUGACCAGUCUUACCAUCACUUGGAUCCUAGGCUUCUCAAAUGGUAAGGACGUGAAAGGCAUGCUACAUGCAUUGGUCAAAGGUCAAAAACGCGUUUCUCAUCGUUUUUUACUAGUCCCGUUUUCCACACCCGUGGAAGGCAUGCCAUGGAUCAAACCUUUCGCACCAGACGCUAUUGUGCCAAUGGUCGAGGAUAUGCGCUGCAACAUUAAAUCUGUGGCAACAUAUGCAACUUUGAAAGAAGCUCUAGAUUCUGUUACGCACGCGAAGCAACCAACACCACUUGCCUCGCCACUUCGGUCGUCUCCUCAGAUUGUCGUGGUGUGUGGUAGUUUGUACUUGGUGAGUGACUACUAUAGGGCUAUGAAGUCUUCGCAGUAG